CGAGCCACGAUGGCCGAGUGGUGGUCCUUCACGAGCGACAGACGUCCGCUCGUCGACUUGCUGUGCAUGCUGUACGGCCUCAGCUCGUGGCUCGCAAUCACUGGACUGUGGAUGGAACUGCCGCUCCUGGUACACGCCUUACCGGAAGGUUGGGCACUGUCCGCCUCACUCAGCCUGGCCAUCCAGCUGGGAAACGUGGGCCCGCUUCUCUACGGCCUCGGUCGAUUCUUAAGGACGCGUGCAUUCACGGGUCCACGGGCACUCAGCGUGGCCAAUCACGUGCAGCUGUGCAUUGGACUCGCCGCCUGCGUAGUGCUGAUCUGUGCGUGGAAAGUAACUGCUUUUGUGCUACACCGGGAGACAAGCCUCGUGCUGUUGUUCGCGGCGUUUGCUCUGUCUAUCGUGGACUGCACUUCGUCAGUUGUGUAUCUGCCCUUCGUUGGCCGCUUCCGAGAGGUGUACAUGACCUCGUACCUUGUGGGAGAGGGCCUCGGCGGCGUCGUGCCCAGCCUUGUGGCACUGGCUCAGGGACUGAAUGAGCCGGAAUGCGUGAACGAAACCGUGACGCACAGGAAUAAAGGUGUGAAUGACUCUGCUGACUCGGAAGAGCGCCUGGUUACGGUGCUUUAUGUAGGUGCCACGAACUUUGACCCCGAGGUAUUCUUUGGUGUGCUAUUGCUGUUGGUGGUGCUCAGUUACGUGGCCUUCGUUCUGCUUGACAACUGCAGGUCGUUCGAAGCUGAAUGGCAGGACGACUUUCAGCAGCAGGUGACACGCCACCAUCAGGUGCUGUCGGCGGCACCAGACGCAAUGCACCUUAAUCCUCUGCCAGCUGCGAAGGAGGAGGAUAUGCGGAAGCAAUGCCCGAAGGCAUCUCUUAGUCAGAACAAUGCGGAAGUAUGCUUCAAGAGCACCAAUGCGAAGCCACGCCACUACGUUGUACUGCUUGCCAUACAGACAUGGGCCAGUUUGUUGACCUUCGGCUUCUUGCCUGCAAUACAGGUUUGA